GAAUUACAUAUUAAGACUAAAAUGGUAUUUUUAUAUGUAGAAAGACGGAACAAGGUAAUAAAGGUGAGUUAUAAUGAAUUAAUGAAUGAAUAGUUAAUGGCGAAUAAUUAAAUACUACACACUACAGAGUGUUUGCGUGAUUCAUACAUUUAGGCAAAAGUCUUUAAUGAAUUGUUGAAGUCGUAUAAAAAAGGGGUACCCUAUCCGAUUAAGUAGCAGGAGGAGCACAUGAUCCAACUCGGACACCCAACCCAAGUGUCAAACUUGAAAGACGGCGUGCCUGUCACGUGACACUCAUGGCGUGGCACGCUCUGAUUGGACCCUCGAUUCCCUUUUAAAAAAUAAAAAAAUAAAAAACCACCGACGCGAAGAUGGCAUUGUAGUCAGCGCCCCCAAUAUGAGUAAUGAAAAGAGAAAUAUGAAAGAUGGUUUGGGAAUUGGGAGUGGCUACUGCCUACUGCCUAGGUUGUUUGUAGGUUCCUCUUAAGUCUUAACUGUUAUCUCCCUCUCCUUAAAAGGUCGAAUCUUUGGGUGCUCAUGGAAGAUUUCAGAUCCAAAUCCUACGGCGACGGAAGGAUGCAGAUUGAGAGCUACUCCGGUAACAACAUGCAAGAUCUCCGCUGCCACAGCGCCUCCUACGCCUCCUCCGUCCACCCGACACAAACCCACAACGAUGCCAAGUUCAAAAAGGGCAAAUCCACCAACGCCUCCACCUCCAAAACGUGGACUUUCAGUGACCCUGAGUUGCAGAGGAAGAAGAGGGUCGCAAGUUACAAGGUCUAUGCCGUUGAAGGUAAACUCAAAGGCUCCCUCAGGAAGAGCUUCAAGUGGCUCAAGGAUAGGUGCAACAGAGUUGUCUAUGGCUGGUAAUACUACUAAUAACAUAACCACCUUUGUUACAAUCACUUUCUUUCUCAGAUGGGGUCGCUGUCUUAUAUAUAUAUAUAUAUAUAUAUCAGAAUAAUUUAUUUGUUUUCCUUUGUUUAUUUGCUGAAUAGUGUUUAUUUAUGUGGCUGGUAAAGUACACAUAAGGAAUGUAAUGUAACAUGGAAGAGGAAAAAAUUGUGAUUCUUGUGUUCGUUUUGGUCUCUGUAAAGAGUACAAUUCAAUCGCCUUGCUUGCUUGAGUUUCAUU